UAAUUACACAUUAGUGGCUGAAAUUGUUUUUAGUAGAUAACUUACUAAUGAUGUUGUCAAUUCAAGACAUCGAUUAUCCAACCUAUUUUAUUGGGAUUUCAACAUUUUUGAUAUGCUAUUAUUUGUUUAAAAGACCCAAAAACUUCCCACCUGGCCCUCGCGGACUUCCCUUAUUAGGAUAUGUUCCAUUUUUGGGAAGCAACACUGCUGAAUCUUUGCGGCAGUUGAAAGAGAAAUAUGGAUCGGUUAUGUCUAUUCAAUUUGGACGAGAAUAUUGGGUUAUUUUGAACGAUUUUAACGCUAUCAAUGAGGCACUGGUAAAACAAGGACACAAGUUUUCUGGACGGCCCGUCAAUUUUGUAUUUGAUUUGAUCACUAAAGAACAUGGAUUCCUUUCAAUGGACUACGGCCCCACAUGGAAAGCUUUACAGAAAUUUGGCCUCAUGAAAUUGAGAGGAUUUGGCGUAGGCAGAAAAGGAAUGGAAGAACAUAUUAUUGAGGAAACUCCUUACCUGAUUGAAAGCUUGACCAAGGCUAAAGAUUGUACUUCACAAAUGAAACUUACAUUUGCUGUAUCAAAUAUUAUGUGUCGUGUUGUGCUGGGAUCGAGGUUUGAAUACGACGACAAAAAAUUUCUUCAUAUGAUCGAAAUUAUACAGAGAUUCUCUGAAGAUUCAACGCACACACAUUUGUUGGCAUCAUUGACGUUGGCACCGAUAUUGAGAUUUAUUCCGCCGUUCCGAAAUGCCGUAAAGAUCACAUCUGAUGAGGCGGACUGUUUCAUGAAAUAUUUACGUGAAUUCGUGGAAGAACACAAAUCAAACUUUGAUCAAAACAACAUCCGGGACUUCAUUGAUGCAUUUCUUCUUGAAAUAAAGAAAAGUCCAAAAGAUGAUUCUGUUUUUAACAAAUUCCAACUCAUUCAAUUCAUUAGAGAUCUCCUUGACGCUGGAUCAGUAACAGUCAGCAGUACUUUGGCCUGGGCAUUACUCGCCCUUGCUACUUUCCCAGAAUGCCAAGAAAAAAUAUCUCAAGAAAUUUCAGAAACAUUGGGUGAAGACGGAUUGCCAAGUAUGAAGCAUAGAGAUGACAUGCCUUACACUUGUGCCUUCAUACAGGAACUGAUGAGACAUAGAACAGUUGUUCCAAUGAGUAUUUUUCGCAAAACUAACGAGGAAGCAAUUUUGAACGGCUACACCAUUCCUAAAAACACAACGAUUACUCCAAAUUUGUGGGCCGUCCAUUUUGAUUCCGAUCACUUUGAAAACCCGCAAGAAUUUCUACCUGAAAGAUUUAUCGAUCGUGAUGGAAAAUUUAUCAAAUCAAAUCAUGUGAUCCCGUUUUCGAUCGGUCAAAGAGGUUGUAUAGGGCAACAACUGGCCAAAAUGGAAGUUUUCAUUUUCCUAACAGGAAUAGUGCAAAAAUUGAAAGUGAUUCCUGACCCUGAAAGGCCACUUCCAUCUUUCUAUAUAGGUGGGAAUAGUGUAGCAACAUAUGAGCCUCCAAAAUUUGAAGUUAUUUUUGAGCGACGUUAAUUCAACAUGUCAGCUUGCUUUCUUCGACAUUGUUUAGUCAAUUAUAAUUCAAUUCAAAGACAAUUCCAUAUUUUAAUCUACCGGUAUAUGUUUUUGGUGAUUCUGAUAUCAUGACGGUCUUAUUUUUUACAACUAAAUCAUCAAAACUCUUUAGACUUGAAUUCGAUGAUUCUGAAAAUUUUCUUUGAAAAAUAUUUUGCUAUUUAGUUACACCUGUUCAAGAAAUAUAGCGCAGCUUUGGAGUGCAAAUUGUUAUCAAUGUCUUAUAAAUAUAUUAAAGUGUAUUCAAUUAAUAGAGUGACGUUUUGGAUUUACCUUUUCAAGCUUUCUUUAAAAUCAAUCCGAUAUGAUCACUAUAAACAAAAAAUUUCGCGUUGAAAAGAUUCAUAUUGCUAUCAGAGAAACAGCAAAGAAAUAUUCUAUGCAACAGGGAUAGCGAACUUCUCAUUCCUAGCAACGUUACAUGUUUUUUUGCUUGGACUAUCGCAUUUGGGAGAACAAUUUCUUUUCAGUGAACAUUGAAUCAUAAGUUCUCCAAACAAGUCUGUUAGUGUAUUUCACAAAACAUUGUAAAUAAUGAAUAAAACGCAACAACUUUUAAGUAACGUUAUAAUUGGAACCCAGAUAUAAAAAGCCAAUUUUUUUUAAAUCUGUUACGCAUUUUAUUUAUAAUUAUGAUAAAAGUAGUAUUUCUGACCCAAAUCCUAAAUAUGUCUUCCUGAUAUUGAAUAAUAUAUCACAUAAGAAUAAUAUUCCUGUAACAACCUUUUGUUUGAUAAAUCCCUAUUUGAAAUCCGAAAAUAUAAUAUCUGAAUUGUUGGAAUUGGAAUAGAAUUGAGUGAAUUAA